AUGCUGAGAAACUUACGUUGCUUUUCGUUUUUUAUUCCACAAGGUCGACACAUCAGCCGCUACAACCGAAUUGGACAAGGUCAUGCUAUUGUACGCACUUUAUCCACAGCAACUGCUGCUGCAGAAGAAGAUAUCCAUCGUAUACCCCCCAAACUCGACCUGGCCUACUAUGCAAACAAUACAGAGGCCAUUGCAACCAACAUGCGCCUUCGAAACUAUGAGUCAGACAGUGUCUAUCAAGUGAAAGAGCUCUAUACAAAGCUUGCAGCACUGGAGACUCAAGCACACAAGUUGCGAGAUGAGCGCGAUCAAGUGAAUCAAUUGAUUCGCUCUGCUCCCACUCCUGAGAAGCGCAAAGAGUACAUCAAUCAAGCUAAACAAUGGAAAGACCAAUUGCGUCAAAUGGAAACACAGAUCAGUGCUAUGGAAAACGAGCUCACAACACAGGCACUCCAAAUCCCAAACGACACGCACCCCGAGACACCUGUGGGACCUGAGGAAAAUGCCAAGAUCCUAAAGAUUGUUGGAGAGCCUCGUCAAGGCGGUAAAGACAUUAAGGAUCACGUUGCUAUAGCAGAAAAGCUGGAUAUGAUUGAUUUUGAGCAGGCGUCCCUCGUCACAGGAUCCAAGUUUUACUAUCUCAAGAAUUAUGGAGCCUGGCUUGAAUUUGCAUUGAUUCAAUAUGCCAUGCACAAAGCAGCCGCCCGAGGAUUCUCUCCUGUAUUAGCACCUGACAUGGUGCGCACCUCGAUUGCUUAUGGAUGUGGAUUUCAGCCUCGCAAAAAGGAAGCCUCUCAGAUUUACGAUGUGACAACAGCAAGCACUGUCAAUACAACAGCACCUAAAUUAUGUCUUGUUGGCACAGCAGAGAUCCCAUUAGCCGGGCUAUCAGCCACCAAACUGUUUGCAGAGGAAGAGCUGCCAAAGAAAAUUGUGGGAUUUAGCCAUGCAUUUAGAGCUGAAGCAGGACAUGGAUCAGCAGAGGAGCGAGGACUCUAUCGAGUGCAUCAGUUUUCCAAGGUGGAGCUCUUUUGUGUCACUACGCCAGAACAAAGUGAGGCCAUGUUGGCUGAAUUAAGAACACUUCAAGAAGACAUGUUUGCUGAACUGGGACUCUGCUUUAGAGUCUUGGACAUGCCAACAGAGGAAUUGGGUGCGAGCGCUUUUAGAAAAUACGAUAUGGAAGCAUGGAUGCCUGGCAAGAAUGGAUGGGGAGAGAUUUCAUCCACCUCCAACUGUACAGAUUAUCAAACCCGUAGACUAGACAUUAGAUAUCUAUCAAAAGAAUUCAAGGAACAUGCUGGAUCAAAGGAUGUUCGCGUGCCUUGGAGCGUCAAGGAGAAGUGGGUCAACUAUUGUCAUACUUUGAAUGGCACAGCAAUGGCGGUUCCAAGAGUGAUUAUCGCUUUAUUAGAAACACAUCAAAGACCAGAUGGUAGUGUCAAUGUACCUCUAGCUCUUCGCAAAUGGAUUCCUGGUGAACCCAGUGUUUUGAAAUAA